AUGGACAAACUGAGCCUUCUCUUCGCGAGGGAUGGGGCCAAGCCCGAGGAGAGCCCUACAGAGGCGCUAUUGAGGUUGUUGGCAGAUCCUUUCUCGUCCCAGUUGGCGCAAAGUUCGGUGGUUGCUGCGUUAGGCUCGUCGCUUGGUAUCACUGCCGCCAUAGCCAUCUGUUUCUCGUUUCUUCGCCCGUACAACAGCGUUGUAUAUGCGCCGAAACUAAAGCACGCCGAUGAGAAACAUGCGCCCCCGCCCUUAGGAAAGGGUGUCUUUGCGUGGAUCUUUCCGCUAUGGUCGACGUCAGAGCAGGAUAUUGUGAACUUAGUCGGCAUGGAUGCCGCCAUUUUCAUGCGAUUUACCAGGAUGUGCCGCAACAUCUUCGUCGUUCUCUCGGUGCUGGGUUGCGCCAUCUUGAUACCUGUCAAUUGGGCCAACUGGACAGUCAUCUCGUCUAGUGAUGAUUCCUGGCUUGCUAGGGUCACGCCGAGGAACGUUUGGGGUUCUGCUCAAUGGGCUACUGUCACCUUCGCUUACCUGUUUACCUUGGUCAUUUGCGGCUUUCUCUGGUGGAACUACCGGAAGGUCUUGCAGCUGAGGCGCCAAUACUUGCGGAGCGAAGAGUAUCAACAGAGUCUGCAUGCUCGCACGCUGAUGUUGUAUGAUCUUCCCAAGAACUUCUCGUCGGACGAAGGGAUCGCAAGAAUCAUCGACGGAGUCGCCCCCAGCUCAUCCUUUUCCCGCACCGCCAUCGCCCGCGACGUCAAGAUAUUGCCCGAUCUUAUUGACCAGCACAACAAGGCUGUGCGGAAACUGGAGAAGGUCUUGGCGAUAUAUUUGAAAGAUCCUAAUAAUAUCCCAGCAACAAGGCCAACAUGCUCGCCAUCCAAGAAGGACCCCUCUUUUGGGACGUAUCCGAAAGGCCACAAACUCGAUGCCAUUGACUAUUACACGCAGCGAAUCAAAUCGUUGGAGCUGGAGAUUAAGGAUGUCCGGCAAAGGAUCGACAAGAGAGGGUCCAUGCCAUAUGGUUUCGCAUCGUACUCCGAUAUUGCCGAAGCACAUGCUAUCGCCUACGCCUGCCGGAACAAGAAGCCCCACGGCGCCACGGUUCGGCUCGCUCCCCGGCCGAACGAUAUCAUCUGGGACAACAUGCCGCUCAGCUCCUCGGUCAGGAGCACAAGGCGGCUGUGGAACAAUCUUUGGGUGACCGUGCUGACCAUCUUGUGGAUCGCGCCAAACGCCUUCAUUGCCAUUUUCCUCGUGAAUCUGGCCAACCUGGGUUUCGUCUGGAAGGCGUUUCAAGACUCGUUAUCAGCCAAUUAUACCCUCUGGUCCAUUAUCCAGGGUAUCGCUUCCCCAGCAAUCACGUCGUUGGUCUACCUCGCCCUUCCCAUCAUUUUCCGGCGCAUGUCCAUCAAAGCUGGCGACCAGACCAAGACCGGGCGUGAACGUCACGUCGUGGCUAAACUCUACGCCUUCUUCGUCUUCAACAAUCUCAUCGUCUUCUCCAUUUUCAGCGCGAUAUGGACCUUCACGGCGGGCGUCGUCCAGCGGACCAACUUGGGCACGGAUGCCUGGAAAGCCAUUCUUGACGGUAAUUUUUUCGUGACAGUCUUCGUCUCGCUCUGCAACAUAUCCCCCUUCUGGGUCGCUUGGCUUCUUCAGAGGGAACUUGGAGCAGCAGUCGACCUGGCUCAGCUUUGGACGCUCUUCUACAGUUUCAUCAUGCGCAAGUUCUCGAGUCCUACACCUCGCGAGUUGAUCGAACUGACCGCGCCCCCGCCUUUCGAUUAUGCGAGCUACUACAACUAUUUUCUGUUCUACUCAACCGUCGCCCUUUGCUACGGAACGAUCCAGCCGCUCGUGCUCCCGGCAGCAGCUCUUUACUUCUGCCUCGACGUGGGGUUAAAGAAGUACCUUCUGCUGUACGUCUUCGUCACCAAGACAGAGAGCGGCGGCAUGUUUUGGCGGAUGCUGUUCAACCGCUUCAUUUUCGCCACCUUCCUCUCUCACCUAAUUGUCUUCUUGGUGGUCUGGGUCCGGGGCGAUGGAACCCAUAUCCAAGCAUAUGCCGUCGUUCCCCUGCCCUUCCUCUUGAUUGCCUUCAAGAUAUUUUGCGCAAAGACGUUCGAUGACAAGAUACAGUACUUUGCGACAAGGUAUUCGAGCCAGACUCAUGUUGAGGCAGCCGUGAACAUGAAGGAGCAGAGUCUGCGGAACGAUCGGCUUGCUGCUCGCUUCGGCCACCCUGCUCUCUACAAGCCCCUCAUCACGCCCAUGGUGCAUGCAAAAGCGCAGCAUGUGCUUGCGAGCGUCUAUCAAGGACGCCUGUCAGAUGGACGCGAUGCCGGAACCGGAGAUUCGAUGUCCGUCAGCGGUUACAGCGACACGUAUGUUCUCGACAAUAUGGUGUCUGGCAAGGCUGGGAAGCUCUCGGCUGCGGUCCCAGGGUUUGAAGUUGUCCCUGAAUCGCGACUGGAUUUCGAGUUUUACAAGAACCGAGACGAAUUUGCGGCAGACCAUGGUGCUGGUGAGCUGUUUGGCAGACCCUCGGACAUGGUCCGUCCGGGCACUCCAGGCACGCUUGGAAGCGAUCCCUUUUCUGAGCCAAGCUCGCGGCCCGGGACUCCCAUGGGUGGAAUGGGCUUCAGCUCCAACAGGAGAUCAUUCGCCCCAUAUUCUGAGCCCAGCGUUGGCCCAGCAUAUCCCACAGGGUACAUGGCUUCUACAGACCAUGCUGGCGCGUAUCCUGGGCAACAUGUCUACUCAUCGACGAUGGACAGCGUCCCGCCCAUAUCGCGAGGUCAACUGUACAGUCAUGGUAACGACAGCGGCACCAAUCUCGUUGCAGGCGCAGCCGGGAUGCCAGUGUCGGCACCGAGUUUACCGGGACCCAGUCCGUAUGGAUCGAGGGACCCGAAUUACGACCCCGGUUCGACUCGCGGACCUGGUGGAUUAGGUAUUACAAAUACGCGCGCUCCGGGUAUGCUAGGAGGCGGUCCGUACGGCUACGGGGGACUUCCGCAGACGGAUGACGACAUGAUCCAAGCCCCGGCGCAAUACGACUAUUUCAGAGGGGGCCGAAGUGCCACGCCCGGUGCUGCAACGCGCAGCGGAAGCAACAUCUGGGGAGGAAACUAG